GCGAGCCGGUGGCCGGGCAUAGGGAUUCGUUGGGAUUUAGGGCCGCCCUCGAGGUGCCCCGCUCAGAGGAAUGGAACCUGCCUUCGGGGAAGUCAACCAGCUCGGAGGGGUGUUUGUCAACGGGAGACCCCUGCCCAAUGCCAUCAGGUUGCGGAUUGUGGAACUGGCACAACUGGGUAUCAGACCGUGUGACAUUAGCCGGCAGCUCCGCGUUUCCCACGGCUGUGUCAGCAAAAUCCUAGCUCGCUACAACGAGACCGGCUCCAUCCUACCGGGGGCUAUCGGAGGCAGCAAGCCUCGGGUCACCACUCCCACGGUGGUAAAACAUAUCCGGACCUACAAACAAAGGGAUCCGGGCAUCUUCGCCUGGGAGAUCCGGGAUCGCCUGCUGGCCGAUGGCGUAUGUGACAAGUACAACGUGCCGUCGGUCAGCUCCAUCAGCCGUAUCCUCCGGAACAAAAUCGGGAACCUCUCUCAGCAGAGUCACUACGAGUCCUACAAGCAGCACCAGCCGCCCCCACAGCCUGCUCUGCCCUACAACCACAUCUACCCCUAUCCCAGCCCCAUCGCUGCUGCAGGAGCCAAGGUGUCCACCCCUCCCGGGGUUCCGGCGAUCCCCAGCACCAUGGCCAUGCCCAGGACGUGGCCGUCCUCUCACUCAGUGACGGACAUCCUGGGGAUCCGGUCCAUCACAGACCAAGUGAGCGACACUUCGCCUUACCCCAGCCCCAAGGUGGAGGAAUGGAGCAGCCUGGGCCGAAACAGCUUCCACCCGCCGGCCCAGCACUCCGUGAACGGGUUGGAGAAGAGCUCCCUUGAGCAGGAGGCCAAGUACAGCCAGGCACCCAAUGGCCUCCCAGCCGUCAGCAGUUUUGUGUCGGCACCAGCUAUGCCUCCCUAUGCCACACCAGCCCAAGUGUCACCUUACAUGACGUACAGCGCCACUCCAUCUAGCUAUAUGGCACCCCAUGGCUGGCAGCACGCUGGAGGCACCCCGUUGUCCCCUCACAGUUGCGAUAUCCCUGCCUCGCUGGCAUUCAAGGGCAUGCAGACAGCCAGGGAGGGGACCCACUCUGUCACAGCCUCUGCUCUCUGA